UUUACCAUAUCUGCUAACAGUUCAUAAAAGUAGCUUUAUUGAAAACCAGUAACUCCUACCUGUAAAAUACUCCUAAACCUGUACACGAUAAAUUAAAUACCCGUUAACCAUUCCCGUAUUCAAGUUAAAACGAACCCAACUCCGACAUAGAAAAAGUAAUCAAUAAGAUAUCCGGGCCGCUACCACAGGUUUAAUAAUAAAUACCGAUAAGGCACGUGAGAAUAGUCGCAACCCUAGUCGGAAACCUGAAAGCUCCGUCAGGGGGCGUGGAAAUGAAAGGCAACGCCGCCCGAUAAUUUUCUAUUUUUGGACCAAAAUCCUGCUAUGAUUAAGGCGCAAUAUGUUAUGUUCGUGCUAAUACUUUUGUUGAGUGCAAUGCAUGAAGCUGCAUCGAUAACGAAACGAAGCUAUUCGGACCAGUCGGUGAGAGGUUACAUCACAGAGAGAACAUGCUGGUGGAACGAAGUAUGCAAGGAAGAAUUCCAAACAUUGUUCCGAUGUAAGUGCCCAUCGUGGUCUUACUGCCGCAGUCCUGGCCGCUACUACAAUGCGAUAUGUUCCAUGACAGAGACCGGCUACAUCUGGGACCAGCCCAACUCGGAAUGGCGCCCGCAGUAAUCAAAAUAUAAGUAAACAAAUAUUUUCAAAAUGUCCCAAAUAUGAUUGUAACACUUGAACGUUCUUGUUUGUUACUUUAGAAAGUAAGUCUCUACGAAAUUCUGAAAUCUUCAAAAUGUGCCAAAUUCUUGCAACGAUUCUAAUUUGAGACUGAUUCAGUAUAAAAUGAAAUUAAAUUUCGUCUUCUAUUUUCAUAUUUAGCCUAAGAUAUGCACUUCAUUUCCUUUGUUUCACCACAUUUUAGAAAACCACUAUAACAUUUACGACGCACGUAUCUUGACCAAUUUUGUUGAAUACACUUGUUCGAGUUAUGUGAAUAAUAAAUCUAUGUUUAUUCGAUA